AUGAGGAAUCCGGAUGGCGUGUUGGACGCACGCGCCAAUGCCAGUGCCAUGAGGGCUGGCAAGAUUCGUGGCUACCACUGUGAUCAUGCUUUUGACAGAGUUGUCUCCAGUGCUCCUGCUUGGCAUCUCGUUGAUGUGGCCGAAGCAGAGGUUGUGUACGCGGGGUACAAUGUGAUUGCGCGAACGCAUUUUUCCAACAGCUUCCCAAAAAAUCGUGGCUGGGGCCCCGUGACUCUUGUCAAAUGCUGUAAGCAAAUGUACUUAGAAGCCAUCGAUCUAUUAUAUAGUCUGCAAAUUUUCUCAUUUGCGUCACUGACACCGCCACCGUUCUUCAUGCAGAGCGUACUCCCCCAUCGUCUUGCCCAAAUCAGAAGCAUUCAACUAUGCUACAACCAAAUCACCAUGUCCAGUCCGUGUCCGAGCGGCGGAAAUGAUCGACGCGCUGCUCUACACGCACACCGAAUGCAGAAAUGUGCCGCUUGUAAUCUACUUACUUGGUCCAAAUUGAUCAAGCAGACUUUGAAAGGAUUGCGUACAAUCGAGGCUUUCAUCUACCUUGGAAGUACGUUUACGAUGCCCACACCCGAUGCUCCAUGGAUAACCCGCCUUCUUGAAAUGCAGUGUGGAACGAACGGAUUGCGAGAACUCAAAAUCAACGUUUUGCCAGGUCCUUGGAUGAAUGUGACAGCUCAUCCAGACGGUUUCCUUGCAAACGCUGCUCGAUUGGAUUUGCUGCUACAAAGCAUGAUCAAGAACGGCGCUGAGAACCAUAGGCAUAGAAAGCAAGACAUCACCUAA